CCGACAAUAACAAACCAUUGUUAUGAAGAAAUAUUUUAUAUUUUGAUUUUAAUUCGAAAACUAAAUGAUCCGUAAGGUGGUGGUGGGCGUGUCAGGAGGCGUGGAUAGCGCCGUAACCGCCCACCUGCUAAAGGAGCGUGGCUACAGUGUCCUGGGCGUCUUUAUGCGAAACUGGGACGAGUUCGACGAGGCAGGACGAUGCAGCGGCGAGGCGGACCUGAAGGAUGCCGAGUGGGCGUGCCGGCGACUGGGCGUGGAGCUGCGACAAGUCAACUAUGUGCGGGAAUACUGGACGGCGGUGUUCAGCCAGUUCCUCGAGGACUACCAGCAGGGACUCACCCCGAAUCCGGAUAUCUUGUGCAACCGGCACAUCAAGUUUGACCUGUUCCACAGGCAUUGCCUGGAGAGUCUCAACUAUGAUGCGGUGGCCACAGGGCACUAUGCCCGCAACAGUUUGGGAAAUUUCCUGGAAAAGGCCAGGGGUGGCGAGGAAGACGCCCGCCUCCUAAUACCCGCCGACACGUUCAAGGAUCAAACGUUCUUCCUGGCCGGCAUUGCCCGGAAGUCGCUGCAGCGCACCAUGUUCCCCCUGGGGGAUCUGCAGAAGGCGCAGGUGAAGCAGCUGGCCGCCAAGAUCGGCCUCCAGCGGCUGGCCAGCAAACGGGAGAGCACAGGGAUCUGUUUCGUCGGCAAGAGGAACUUCAAGGACUUUAUUCGAGAGUACAUCAGCUCCAAGAAGGGACACUUUGUGGACGUGGAUAGUGGCGCUAUUGUGGGCCAACACGAGGGUAUUCAUCAGUGGACUGUGGGCCAGCGAUGUCGCCUGAGUUCCUUCCUUCAACCCUAUUUUGUGGCCCGCAAGGAGGCCACCAGCAACACCAUCUAUGUGGCGGCAGGACACGAUCAUCCCUCGGUGCUCAGUACACGGAUGCACCUAGAUCCUCCCAACUGGCUGUGUGCCGAGUCCCAAAGAAGGUGCCUUUCUGAGGGCUUCCUGAGGUGUCGGUUUCGCUUCCAGCACACCAAGCCCCUGGUGGACUGUUCUCUGAGGAUUUCCGACGAGAAUCAGUUCCAAGUGGUGCUAGAUGCCCCUCUGAGAGCCAUCACACCGGGCCAGUAUGCUGUCUUCUAUGAUGACACGGCCUGUCUGGGCUCCGCGCGAAUCCUGCGAGCGGAUCCUCUCCAAAUAGUGGAAGGAAAGCUGAAAGAAGUGGGGAGUUCCUACAGCUGAUGGUGGCUAGUAGGAUGUGGGUGGCUGUUCUUGUAAAUAAAUGAAAGGAUAACCUUUAAUU